GGUGUUAAAUGGUACGCAACAAAACAAGAUUUCUGGACACCAGGAAGUGAUGUUCUAAACACAAUUAUCUUUUUUACUCAAUGAUCAGGAAGGAGAUAUAUAUCUAACGGGUUCCCAUUGAAUAGACAUUUUAAAGUGGGGUUUUAAGAUGGAUGUUAACUCAAGUGCCUCAGUUAUGGCGGACAGACUUGAUGAGUGGAAUGACGCGCUAUCCCAUAAUAUCAUUCCUGUUUCCGUCAUUCUGAUGGUAUACCUGGUCAUAGGGAUCAUUGGGAACUCCAUCGUCAUUUAUAUACAUACUGUCCGGCUUCAGAAAAGCUGGAAGGAAAGAUUUUUCAUACCAGUUUUGGCUUUUGUUGACUUGAUAUCGUGUGUCGUAAGUACUUCGUUUAGUUUCUCAAUAAACAUGCUUCCUGUGAAAUACAGCAACGACAGCGCGUGCAAAGUAAUGUUUUUCCUCAACAUGACGUGUACAUUAAUGUCAGCGAUGAUGCUUGUCGUCAUAGCCAUCAAUAGAUACAGAAAAAUAUGUAAACCGUUCAGCAAGCAAAUGAACAUCUUCUGGAAGAAAAUCGCCAUUGCUUGUAUCAUUGGGGUCUCUUUGGUCAUAUCCUGGCCUUGUUUCUUCUUCUACGGCUCCAGAGAGAUUUACAAUGACUACAGCCACACACGAGGAUAUCGAUGUACAAGUAUCCGAGGCCCGUGGUCAACAGUCCAACCGCUUAUAUUCAAGGCAGCAGUGAUGCUCCUGAUUUUCACCAUACUCGUGUCGCUUGUUGUAUUUUACAUAUUGAUAGGAAGGGUUGUGGUUAAGCAGAUGCUCUUCAACAAAAAGAGGAGCUCCGAUUCCAGUACUUCCGACGCCAUGUCAGGUAAACGUCAGUUGAAACGGAAUUCAAAUUUCGUGAGCUCGUCAGAUAUCACCGACAUAACAGUCACAAACAGUACAUCUGUAAUUGACAAUAAGAACCAUGUGGAUCCUGAUAUCAUAUCACCAAGGGAAAAAAUUGGCAACCCAAGAACGACGAACUCUGAUUGCAAUGAAAAUGCACUUAUUCUUGAAUCGAACUACGAACCAUCUUUGACAUCUAAAAAUGCACUCAAGAUGGAUCAAAUAACAACAAGAAAAGCAUGUCCCGCAAGGACAUCAGGAAUACGUCUCUCACAGAUCUUCAUACUGAUAACGCUUGUGUUUAUCAUUUGUUCUGUGCCAAAGCUCGGAAUGAUGAUUUACGAAUCUCAGAACGAGAAAUUUUGGAUCGAGCUUUCGCCCUCUGAGCUAUCGGGCUACAGGUUCAUUUACACUUCCUUUAUCAUCAACAGCAUCAUCAAUCCCUUCAUCUACGGUUUCUUCGACCGCCGAUUCCGUAAAGAAGCGUAUUACUUGUGUCGGUGUUUCAAAUAAUUGGCAAUUCUUAGCGGAUAGCGUCAAGAUUUACUUUGGAACGUAGAAAUGUAAUGUAUAUUUCCCCUGUUGACAACAGGAAGUAAACUCAACAUAGUUUUGAUCCAAACGCCCUGUAUUUAUUUGGACGUUCAGUACCGUCUCUUUACCAUAACUCUCUAAUAACAAUCUGGCGGAUUAUAUCAUGUAUUGUGAAAAUACAAAGUUGAUCCUUACACAGGAAUGUUGUUAGUGCCAUGACAAUUUGACGUUUGUGCUCAGAAAUUGCUUAUGUGCAUUCACGGGAGAAGCUACCCUACAACAAUACUGUUCACUUUCUUCAGAGGUCAUUAAAUCUGCUGGUAAAAUGAUAAUAGGGUGUGCCUCGUCUCGACUGCAUUUUACCACACCAAAUGUAUGUAAAUGUCGGUGUUUACACAUGGUGAUUAGGCUUGAUGAUUAGGUUAAAAAAUACCCGAGACAAAUGUAAACAGAAGUACCAAUCAAAAUACACCAUCGCUUGAAAAAUGAAUUCAAAGAAACAACAUUUAUAAGUGAACUAUAGUGCCUAUAUCUAAGUUAAUAGUAACACGUAAUUCUAGUAGUCAUAGAAAUAAAAAUCAUACUUGGACAAAAAAAUAUCUUGUUCUAAGCAGACGCGAAAUAGGAUUACCUAGUCCGCGACCUAUAUUGGCAUAAUGGAUCUAGAUGCGGUUCUGAUUAAUUCGGAAUUAUUUACAUCAUCCGGACUGAACCGGGACAUAAUACUGGGAAUAUUGAGGCUUUUACUAAAACGCCGGGGCUACCAAGUGUACACAUAAGCAGUACGUAUCUACACUUGUAGUGAAGAAAGUUUACAUUGGGGUGACUACCGAUCUGAUUUGGUGCGCGCCAGAGUCUUAAGUAAUAAUACUUAAUACAAUGUUUAUACACUUCAAUACAGGAACAACACAUACACAAUCCUUAGAUAUAACCAGCCUUAUCCUGUAUCAUGUUUCUAACAAAAUUGAUAAUAUCCCUGAGACGAAUUUCCUUAUUAACAAGACAUACAUUGAAAAAUAAUGUCCCUGGGGUUAGUUAGCAUGCGGGAUAAAAUCUUUGCGUCAUAUUUGAAAUUACUUCCCAUUGCUUUAUUAUUCAUCUCUUUCGACAUUCGUGAAAUUUUAGUAGCACAUUGAUGUGUUAACACCGUUUGUGUUCAGAGCCAAGCGAGGUUAGUAACACACUGUCACGUCAUGUCUCCGCGGUAAGCAAACACAAUAAUGAUUAUCAUAUUUUUCACAAAAUGUGUUUAAAAUCCUUUAUUUUUUUUUACUAUUUUUUUUUUUUUUUUUUUUUGCUGUUUUCUAUGGUCCCAGUAUACUGAAAACAGGAAAAGGCAUGUGCUAUACAGGUUUUCCUUCAUUUCGUUGCAUUUCCCCUUAUGAACGUCCAUUGGGUUCCAGGAAAAUAAGGAAAGUAAAAUCCUUCGCGAGUAUUUUUACGGAAAUAGCACCUGUGGAUGGCGGCCACGUUAUCGGUUACCUGUAUAGGAGUCUUCCGGAGCCAAUGCCUCAAGUACAUGUAGUUUAUCAUUCUAGAAUUUAAAGUCAUUUCUAGAUCAGUGUAUUUAAAUUCGUGUAUUCGCAAAUAUGCCUGAAGAGUAAAUAGCGCGAAAUAAAGUGUUCGCAAAAUCUAAAUGAUUUACAGUAAUUGAUUAGUUAUCUUUCACUUUUUUUGGUAAAUUGAUAUACACGUCUAAACAGAGUUUUGCUAUUACCCUAUUUGCUUCAAUAUACAAUAUGUUACUCUGUUAUAAGCAUUACAACUCUUUUCGAAUUUGGAAUGCUAUUUUAUGUUAUAAAUUAGAUUUUGAAGGUUCAAUUAAACAUACACAUCACAUAUGUACCGUAGCAUAAGAGUCCAUUUCUUUUAUGAUUUUUCUGUGGAUAGUUGAUGGAUUUCAUGUUAUAUUUGCUGUUGUGUGGUGUAGGUCUCUAGUUAUUUUUUGUAUUAUACACUAUCCAUGACUAUAUGACAGCAAGUUAAAAUUAGAUGCAGACGGUCAGUUUUGUACAAAGUUACGGUCAAUACCACAUCUGGAACCCUUAUGUCAGGUUUCAACAUAAGCAAAUCAUAAAUGAUCGUCCAUCUAGAAAAGUGGAUGAGAUCAACUAAAUCAAUUCCUACUUGUACCUUUUGUAAAGAAGAAGUUGAAACACCUUAACAUAUGUUUUAUGAUUGUGAAGACGUUGAGAGGCUGUAGAUAUUACUUGAAAAUUGGAUAUUUGAAAAAAAACUCUAUAUAUUCAAAUCUGUCAAAAAAAACAAAUAUUCUUUGGAAAAAUAGGUAAACAAUAUGGCAUAUAUAACCUUAUUAUACUCACUGUUUAACAAUAUAUCUAUAA